AUGUCCAGCGGAGACCCAUCCAGUCCCUUACGCUCGAGACGGAGGCGCAGUGCCCCCGCCAGUCCCGCCCAGGCAACAGCCGACGUCGACACCAGCAUGGAGUCUGCGUUGCCGCUCCUGGCCGAGCCCGACCCCGGCGCGCAGGCAACAGCCGACGUCGACACCAGCAUGGAGUCUGCGUUGUCGCUCCUGGCCGAGCCCGACCCCGGCGCGCAGGCUGCCACACAGCACGGAAUACGCACGCAAUGGAGCGACGCUCCCGUGGAUGUCAGCGCCGGCGGUGCCCAGCCGCGCGUCGAGCGGAAGACGAUGGAUCGGCGCAGCGAUUUUCAGGAGCCCUUCCGCGCAGCCGGCGUGUUCGACGAGAACGCGGCCGCGCAGAAGACGUGCAUGAACUGCGCGCGCAUCCUGGGUCCCGCGCAGGCCCCCGCGCGGGCCACGCGCGCGUACGUCGACAGUCGGACGGGGCGAGUGCACUGGGUGUGCGCGGAUCCGCGCUGCGCCCCCGUGCACGCCUCGCCCACUGCACCCACAGGGAUCUUCCGCGCCGACGCGCACGCCUACCGCGAGCGGCACGCGCGGGCGCUGAUGGCCGUGAACUUUGCGCAGCUGCGGCGGUUCGCCGAGCUUCGGUACGACAACGCCCGGCUCAAGUGGGGCGAGCGGGAAGCUCUGGAGCAAAACGAGGAUUACGGGGAAUUGGAUCGACGUGUGCACCCUCCCGCACCCCGCGAGAACGCCUUCGAGGACCCGCCUGCGCCCCCGCCCCUGAGCGUCGGCUGGGUCGCUGGAGCGUGCGCGAAUGAGGACCGAAGGGCGGAGCUACGGACCCUCGUGGUGCUCAUCUGGGAGGCGAUGCGCUGCGUCGGCGACCCCGUUUGGGACGACCCGACCUGCGCGGGGCCGAUCACGGGCGGCAUCGGGGGAGGCGGGUCCGGCCGUCUGGGCUACAGGACGGACGGCCACCUGCUGACAUACAGGUGGGAGCUCAAGCGCGUCACCGAAGACGGGCGCCGGAGGGAAGUACAUGUGGCGGUGAAACACGGCAUCGUUUUCUUAGAAACGAAUCAAGAUGAGCACGUGGGCUACACCAAGAAGGGCGAGGAGGAGCGCGAUCGGGUGGCCCAGGUGGCGGCGCUGGUGGCGAAGCUGUGGCCGCUGUUCGCGCGCCACAACCCGGACCUCUUCUACCGGUGGCCCACGGAUGCGGGGCAGCGGGACGCCAGCGACAAGCUGGCGCGCUGGUUCGCGCUCGGCGAGGUCGUGGCGCACCUCUGCGUGCAGAUCGUGCUGCGCGCUCGAGCGCUCGCCAACCGCGAAGGCGUCCAGGCCUCGGCGGUGGUCGGCGUGGGGGACAACGCGCGCGUUGCGGACGGCGUCGCCGUUCCGGCGAGCCUCAAGUGCGCAUAUUCUCCUCCGCGCGACGACGAGGACGAGGACGACGAGGAGCGCAAGUCUGGGCGCACGCAGUACCUCCAGCUGCUGCACGGAGGUCUCCGGACGUUCGCCGGGUCGGGGCGCGACCGCGAGGGCGCGGGGAUGGACCGCAAGCCGCCCCUGGCGCACUGCCACGACGGCCCUGAAAUAUGCAUGGAGUACGUCACCCCGCAGCUGUACAGGCCCAAGAACGCGGCCGGCCUGGACGGGCACCAACUGUACCAAGACUACGACGCCUUCGACGCGGACGUCAAGAAGCUCAUGCAGGUCUUCUGGGAGUUCGCCUACAACGACUCAGAGGAGCUGCGCGCGCACGUCGUGCGGACGGUGCUCGAGGAGCAGCGCGCGCCGCCGCAGUACGAGGAGGACGAGCCGGCGGAGGAGGACCGGGCUCAGCCGUCGACGCUGGCGCUGGCGAUCGCGCGCAUCAGCCCCCCCGCGGGGGGCGCGGCCGCGCCGCGCAAGCCGUCCGGGCAGGAGGAGUUUGCGAUCAGGAUGGCGUUUUUCGACCCCGGCGUCGGCCCCCUCGGCGCGGCCGUGAACCUCACGGAGGCGAUGGACGCAGAGGCCAUCGCGAAGGCGCUGUCAACCGCGAGCCCCGCGGACCUGGCCACCGUCGCGCUCGCCCAGAGGUUGAAGGAUCUGCGCGAAGGGAUCAACGGUGCAAACGGUCCGGCCACUCUCACCCGCGACCAGCUCGCCCGCUCCCUGAAGGACGUCCGCGAGUCGAUCGCGAAGGCAUCCACGUUUGCUGGCACUUCCCCCCCCAUCGCAUCCGGGUGGGAGCUCAGGCUGAGCCCCCCCGGCGUCACGAAGGAGGUCGUCUUCGUGCUCGUUGCCGUCGACGACCUGGGCCUGCGCGAGGGGGUGGUCAACUUCGGCGACGACGACCUGCUGAAGGAACUGCACGGAGCGAACGGAGGAGGCGUCGAUGAGCUCCUGCGUCCGCCGGACGACAUCCCCGGAUGGACGCUCGUCAACCUGAGCGGGCCCCUGCUCGACGACGUCGUGGCACCCCUGCUGCAGUCGACGGGCUCGCCCAGCUUCGGCGUGCGGUGCGGGGACCUGCGUGAUCGGAUCGCGCGGGUGAAUGCGCAUCAAGGCGUGAGUCAGGCGGACCCCCUCGCCGGCAGCAGCGAGGUGAUCUCGGUGGCCUGGGAGCUCGCGCAGCUGGUAUGCGGCAUGCACGAGGUGCACGACCGCCGCUGCGGUCCCGGCGAGCCCGGAUCCGCGAGGUGGGAGAUGGGCGGCAGGCGGCUGGGCGCGGGGGGGUUUCUGCAUGACGUCAUCUUCGUGGCGCAGCGGCUCGAUCGCGAGCGGCUCGGGAGCGAGGUGGCCCGGCUGUUCGCGGACGACCUCGCCCAGGCGGGCAGCUCGGCCGCAACCUUCGCGCCCGACGCCGCGUCGAGGCGCGGGCUCUUCCUCGACGUCAGCCUGACGCCGUUCCUGUGGGCCCGGAUGCGGCACCUAUUCGGCUACCCGAAGGGCGCCAAGGUCCCCCCGAAUCGCAGUCUGGACCAGCAGAUGAGGUACUUCCUCGUCCCAGCCUGCGUCACGCGGGAGGCGCUGGACGCCAUGCCGUCCGCGCGGAGGCAGCAGCUUGGCGCGCGGGACCAGGCCCCGGAUAUCCGCUGUCAGUCAGUUCACAGUCCGCAACCACUCCGCUGCGCGGCCCUGCUGCGGAGGGGGGAGCUGGCGUCCGUGCAGAGCCUGCGCGCCGAAGGCCUGGCGUUGCGGGACGAGGACCGCGUCGUCCUGGAGCUCACCGUCAGCGUCCGUCGGGACGGACGCUCGCGCUACUGCACCCUCCGGCGGGGCUGGGAGACGACGGAGACACUGCUCGCGGGCGAUGUUCUGGACGGGACGAGAGCUCGGCUCCGCAACCUCGUGGAUGCAGAGGAGGCCCGGGCCCGGGGGGGGGCGCCCCCCCCGCCACCGGACGUCCCCGAUGUCGCGACCGUCCAGAUCCAGAUCCAUCCAAUCCACGGACAGGACAAGGUGGUGCGGGCGGGGCUCCGGGGCGCCUUCUACAUCCACACCGCGCGCGAUCAGGGCGGGGUCGGGUCGGGGACACGCACCGCGUACGGGUAUGUCAGACUCCACGGCGUCGACGCGCUCGUCGACGCGCUGGGGGUCGGGGACGGCGAUCAAAUCGCGCUGGAGCUCGACUGCGGCGGCACGGCACACGACGCGGAACCGGCGACGUUCGUCGCCUCGGCUGGCGCGCACGCCAGGGCGCUGCUCGCCAGGGCGGCCACCGACGCACUGCUCGGGCGGGAAGGGGCACGAAACCUGACGUGGUCGACAGCUCGCGAGGCCGGAGAGGCCAGGGGGCAGCUCGCGCUGCAGGCGUCGGACGCUGUGCAGCCGGCCAUGGUGUUCGUGCUUGAUGGGGAGUGGUUCAUGCAGCACACACCGCACUAUAUCGAUCACGUCGGAGGCGACAUCUUCGGCCCCACGACCGACGGGGGGGCAGGCCCAGUGGCCGUUCGCAUCGCGCUUCCCGGGGCUGCCGCCGACGGCCCGCUCGGCGCCGCCCUGAUCCGAAACCGCGGCCAAGCAAGGGGGCGUCACACAUGGGCGCUGCUCCAGGCGCGUCAGUCUGCGCUGUCGGUGGGUGCCGGCGCCGCACUGGCCACCCCCGACUGGCGCGGAAGGUUCGUAGUGGCUUUGCGGCCGCGGAGGGCUGCGUCCGAGGCUGAGGUGCAGGGCACCGAACGGCCCCGCGUGGUGUGCGACUUCCUCACGGGCGACGCAGCAGGCCGGUGCCUGGACGAGAUCAAUCAGUGGGCGGGGGACACGACGUGGGCCAAGCACGUCGCGAAAGAGUUGGCGCCGCUGCCGUUCUGGGAGAAAUUCCAGUCAGCUGACGAUCUGCCGGAUCUGCAGCAGCCCAGAGAUGGCACGCAGCCCUUGCUGCUGUCUCGCUCGUCGCGGGCGUGCACUGAGCCGCUCAGGUGGCCGCAGGCUCCGGGGCAUGCCGACCCGGAGCAUCUGCUCACCUGGCUCGGAGACAUGCAGCCAGAACAAUUGUUGCAACAACUACAACAGGCCGUCUUCGUGCUCAAAAGGGAGUAUGCAGGACCCGCCGACUCGCCCUACAACUUCCUGGGCUCGUUCGACGCCCUGUUUGCCUUCCCUUCCCAGUCAGACGACCCUUCCCAGUCAGACGACCCUUCACAGUCAGACGGUUCACAGUCCCUGCUGACGAACCACCUCAAGAGCGUGUGGCAAGUCGGGCGAGGUCGUGCGACCGACCUCCCGCCGGGACUCUCGGUCGCCAAACACUCCGUCAAGAGGCGAGCCCGCGCACUGUUCGUCACCCACUCGCGGGAAAGUCGUGAGAAGUGGCUCGUCCACGACGUCGAGGUGGACCUGGCGGUCGCGGACCUCCCCCGCAGAGGCAUCGUCAAACUCUCGGUCCCCAGGUUGCCACGCGGCGUGCGCAAACGUCUGGAGAUCGACGGCGACGAGCUCCCUGAGGCCCUCGUCCUCGUGCGGCUGGAUGGGGGCGCCUUGACGGAAGUGCGGGACAGGAUGCAGGCUCCGGGCGUCAUCAGCGGUGAGCCGGCCUCGGCAUCAAGCGGCCCUGGGCAGGCAUCGCCGCGUCAUUACACACGUCCGGGCCUCUUCGAGGGGACGACAUCGAUCGCAGUCCCCGACUCGACGCUCGUCUUCCUCGUGCACCAUGGCCCCAAGCACGUCGGUCGGAUUGCAGGGUUGGUCGCGCAGCACACGACGGCGGGGCCGUCAAAGAAGGCACUAGAAGGGCUCGCGAAGAGCCCGGGGGCGGCUUCACCGGCGGAGUCCGAGGGAGCAGUCCAGGGGGGUGACGCAGGGCCAGUGCGGCGUGUUGUCACACGUGCGCUACAGAAGCUACGAGCGCGGAGGAGACACAGGUGA